UUCAUCCUCCCACUUCAACAUCUUCUUUGCUUGUGCCUCAUUUUUUGCUGAGCUCUUAAAGCUUCCAACCUGACCAAGCACAGACCUGAGUGGGAAGACACAGCCCCUCACCUCUGCUGGAUGCCGCCAUGAGGCCCGUGUUCCUGGUGCUGUUCCUCACCUUCACUCUGCUGGAUUUCAAUGCUGGCCACAUCCUACCAGGAGCAGCAGAGGUGGGAAGCAGGAAGCAGAAAGUAUGGGCCAGAGCGGGGAGUUCAGUCAUGCUGCCUUGCUACCUGAGCCACAGAAAGAUGGGGAAGAGCUGGAAGCAGCUGCCUGACAAGACAUCUGUGCUGUGGAAGCGGCUUGGGGGAAGCACCCACCAGCAGCCACACGUAGUGCUGGAAGUGGAGGACUCGGGGCUCAGGAAGACAGCGCUGCCCAUGAGGCCCCGGGUGUCACUCCAGGACUCUGCCUUACGCAAUGGCAACUUCUCCCUGCACAUCAGCCCGGUGCGGAGCGAGGAUGCUGGGCUGUACGAGGCGCGGGUGGUGCACAACACCAAGGUGCAGAGCUGCCACGUGGAGCUGGGGGUCAUCACAGUAACCCUCAGUCCACCCAGCCCUGUGGUGGCAAAUGAGCCGCUCUUGUUGCGGUGCAACUCCAGCCACCGUGCGAGCCUCGUGGAGACCUGCUGGUUCCACAAUGGGCGCCAGGUCCCCACCUCCGGGUCCCUCUGCUCCUCACAUGGGGCUCUCUCCAUCCUCCGGCCAGCCAUGAGUGAUGCAGGCUCCUGGCGCUGCCAGCUCAGAUACUCUGAUAAUGAGAUCAUUUCUGCCACGUACAACCUGCAAAUUCUAGGUUUUGAAGGCCCAGCCAACCCCGUGGUCUAUGCUGCAGCUGGUUCUGCAGCUGAUCUACCGUGCACCUUGAGCUACCUUCCCAGUGCCUUUGGGACCAAUGUGGUGACAGCCCAAUGGAGCCGCCUGGCAGGAGGACACUUGCAAGACGGGGGCAUCUCCCACAAUUCGAGCAGCAGAAGCUUCCCCUUCCAUCUCCCUGCAGUGGGGCUCGGUGAUGCAGGACAGUACCACUGUGCUGUCUCUGUUGGCAGCAGGACGAUCAGCAGGGAUGUGACCCUGGCAGUGAUUACAGUCACACCAAGCAUCCAAGGACCGGUUUCUGAGGGGAGUCACUUGCUGCUCACCUGCAGCCUCACACACCGUCAGGGACAUGAACACUUCCAGUGGAAGCAGCUUGACUCAGCCCCCACUAACAGCAAGCUGGCCAAGGCCACCUCCCAUAACCUGGGGGGCCACAGAUUCCAGAUGGGCCCUACCUUGGAAAUACCACAUGUGUCACAAAAGGAUAUGGGCACAUGGGAAUGCAGUGUGUAUGGCCCAGAAGGCAGACUGGGAACAGUGGAGUAUGGGCUGCAGAUCACAGGUGCCCAGGUCUCCAGCCCUCCCACCAUCUUCAGUGGACAGGUUAUGUUUGGGCUCACAGUCACCUUCUUCCUCCUGCUUACAGUCUGUGUCCUGGCUCUGGCCCUAAAAAAAAGGGCACGGUCUCCUGCCUUCCCUGCCCUGGAUGGGAUGGUUGCAAUUGCUAUGCCAAGGAAGAAGGAGGUGGAGGAAAAGCAGAAAGAGAAGAUCCACCAAACUGAGUGCUGAUGGGAGCAGGGACCAGCCUGCAUGGGAGGAUGAAACUCUUCGUGCUAUGCUGCAGAGAGAUGGGCACUAUGCAGACCUCUCAGGAGGGUCUAGGGAUCACGUGAACAUAGCAGGAGGUUGUGGGAGAUCUGUACCUGCAAAAGGGCUGGAAGCUGCAUACGAGGGCAAAAUAUGACUCACCUCUGCAGCAGCACAGAUGCUUUGGAGCUAUUGGGAGUAUUAGAUCCAGUAGCUAUCGCCUACUCCAGUGACACCUCCCUCUCCCACCCUUUGCCCCUCCUUCAUGGCCUCUCUCACAGCCUUUCAAUGGUGGGACACUUGGACACAAGAGACGGCUGGAACCCAGCUCCUCUGCAGCCCAAUGGUGUUUUCAGCCUCCCCCCUCCCGCUUUCUUCUCCCUCUCCGCACCCUGCCCCGCUCUAGUGCUCAUUCAGUGGCAAAGGGCCCCCACAGAG